AUGGCUCUACAAUUACUAACCCAAGCUAUCCAAACUUGGUCACCAUCACCACCAGAAGUGAAAGAUCGAACCAAGUGUAGUGUCACUCUGAGCUGGUCUCCAGGCCCCUUCGGCUUCAUACAGGAACAGCUGGUGUACACCGUGCAGAGGAGAGAAAAGGUACCAGCAUGGGUCAACGUUUACAGCGGGGGCAAAACCGUGAAAACAAUAGACAAUCUAGCGCCGAGCCAUCCUCACAAGUUCCGACUAAAAGUAUCCCUCAAGCCGACACACAAACAUGUUGACGAAAACGUUUUACAAAACAUCGAGUCGCUUCCCGUCAAAGGCGAUUGGCCGAUCGCCUGUAACGAAGUAAACGGGAUUAGAACAAAGGAUUCGGAAAAUGGGAAAUGCUCUAAAGUACCAAAGCAAGCAGGUCCUAUCUCAUCUCUAUGGUCAGAGGAAACGUGGACCAGCACAGACUCCGCCGGCACCAGCGCGACUUGCUUCUGUAUGGCGGUUAGAUGUGGAUAUGUUAAACAGGUGCAACAAAUGCUGGAAGAGCGGCCGAUCCUGAUCUCCGCGAUCAACUCAAGUAAUGGAUUCACCCCGCUCGCUACUGCUGUGAGAAAAGGUGACAUAAACACAGUGAAGCUACUGCUAUCGUUCGGAGCAGACAUCAACCAGCGGUCCACCUCAUCGCAGACACCACUCCACCUGGCCGUGCUCGGGGCAAAUGUGCCCGUUGUUGAACUGCUUCUCGAGAGAGGGGCAGAUAAGGAGCUACGAGAUAUCAACGAGCUACGCAUGGAGCACUACGCCGUAGACUCGGCCAACUUGGACGUCUUGAAGUUUGUUUUGAGCCACGGAGAUGUCACGGUUCGAGAUAAUAAUGGCUGGACGCCGCUGUUUAGAGCUGUCUGCCAAGGUUCAAAGACAGAGCUAAUAGAAGAAUUGGUAAAGCAAGGAAGCAGUGUGGAGGUGACUGACCGCGCUGGCCUCACUCUUAUUGCUGCAGCGCGGGUUUUGAAAGACAGACACGGCCGUCGAAGAGAAUCAGUGCUGAAGUUAGUUGAUAUUCAGUUUCAACAUGAAAAGGCGCUCGCCAACUUCACACGACUUACUAAGAAAAUCUCUAGUGUACAGACCUUACUUCAUUUUAAGUGAAUAUU